AUGGGUAGACAGACUGAAAAGCGGAAUGCUACUGUCGCUACUGCUGCUGAGGCCGCUGUUGCUGCCACCAAUAGAGCCAAUGGAAAUAAUGGAAACAAUGGAAACAACGGGAACAACAGGAAUGGUGGGUACCCCGCUCAGGGCCAAGUAAAUGCAAACAGGCCGAUGUCUAAGCUGGUUGAGCAGUUUUUUAAGCUGAAGCCUCCGAGGUUUGAUGGUAGAGGUAAUACUGAGGCUGUACCUCGAUGGGUGGAAGAGCUAGAAAAAGCUUUUGAAGUGCUGGGAUGCACUGAAGAGGAAAAGUAUUUCUCGAAAAGUGCCCAAGAGCAGAAGUUGGCAGAAUUCAUGAGACUUCGCCAGGGUCAGAUGUUGGUAGAACAAUAUGAGGUCGAGUUUGCAAGGCCAUCCAAGUUUACCCCAAGAAUGGUAGAGGACCCAAUGGACAAAGCCAGGAGGUUCCGAGAUAGACUGAAGCCGAACCUCCACAGUCAGGUGAUCUCACUGAACCUGAGGGGCUAUCAUGAGAUUUAUGAUCGGGCUCAGGCAAUCGAGUGUGAUUUGAUGGAUCGGGCUGUCGCCUAUGGAUCGCAGCAGGCCUCGGCUUGGGACAACCGUCGUUUUGGGAAGAGACCUAUAACGGGAAAUAAUUGUUUUAUCCCUCCUAUUCAUAGAAGUAUCGGAAAGCCGAAUCACUUUCAGAACGCCCCGUGUCGGUUAUGUGGAAGGAAACAUGGGAAUGGACCUUGCCCAAGUAGGGGCGGAGCGUGUUUUAAAUGUGGUAGAAACAGCCAUCAGAUGAGGGACUACCCCAACAAUAGGUAG